UUAGACCCAGUUGUUGGAUAUAACUUCAUAACAUAUGGUUCAUUCGAUACGGAACGUUGCAGUGAAGGCUUACUUUACAUCGUUCAGAAACCGAAGGACUUCAAUACAAAGAGAUAUAAGAUAGGAAGAACAUAUAAUAUAACUCUAAGAUAUGACUCUACAGUCAAUAGAGUCAAGGUUGUGUUCGUUAAUGAUAUGAGAGCUGCUGAAACAGAACUGCUUGAAGUUUUUGAGAAAAUAUAUGGUGCUCCCACGAAAGGUAAAGAAACGUUUGAAGUAGAUGAGAUAGAUAAAGCUAUAAAAUUAUUUGACGAAGUUGCUGAAAAAUACAUGUAA